AUGGCCGCCACGGCGGACUGGCCAGAGGUGCAGCGCCUCCACGGCAUCCUGAACACGAACGCCAUCAAGCUCGGCGACGGCUGCCUCGCGCUGUACCGCACCGCGUGCCUGGCCUCGCAUUCGUGCGCUCCGAGCUGCGAGGUGGUCGAGGCGGCCCCGAUGCAUGAGCUGUGCGGGUGGGCGGGCCAUCCCCGGGCGGUGAUGCUGAGGGCCCGGCGGCCGCUGCAGGCCGGAGACCAGGUGGGCGACGUAGGAAGAAGCGGCGUCGACUGCGCGCGUGAGCUGCCCAGGUAG